UCUGUCUCUCUCUCUCUCCCUCUCUCUCUCUCUGUCUGCCUUUUUGCUUCUCUCUUCCUCCUGAGACCUGCUCUUGCACUCACCACAUUUCUCUGCUGGCUGACGAGGUCAGGGUGAGAGUCCUUCCAUCCACACAGAGAGAGAGAGAAAGGUGUGACAGUACAGUGGAGAAAUGAGUCCUCUUCGUGUGGCUCUUUUGGCCGUGUUCAUCGGCAGCACCCUUUGCCAGUACUACGACUACGACUACCAUCCCUCCAUGAUGCUGGGCCCAUCAGGGCCAAACUGUGCUCAGGAGUGUGAGUGUCCCAUCAGAUUUUCCAGCGCCAUGUACUGCGAAAAUCGCCGCCUCAAAACCAUCCCCGUCAUCCCCAGAGGCAUCAAGUACCUUUACCUGCAGAACAACAACAUCGAGGAGAUCAAAGCCGCGUCUUUCGUGAACGCCACUGACCUCCUCUGGCUCGUGCUGGACAACAACCAGAUCACCAACGGGGCCAUAGAGAAGGCCGCUUUUGCCAAGAUGGUCCACCUGGAGAAGCUGUUCUUCAGCUACAACAACCUGACGGAGCCCGUGGGCCCGCUGGCCAAGUCCAUGACCGAGCUAAAGAUGAUAAAGAACAAACUGGCCAAGUUCCCCGCGGGCACGCUCUCCGGGCUGGAGAACCUGACCUCGGUGCAUCUGCAGGAGAAUGAGCUCACCUCAGACGGCAUCGCCGGGGCCUUCAAGGGGCUGAAGUCACUGAUCUACCUGGACGUCAGCCAGAACAAGCUGACCAAGAUGCCGACGGGGCUGCCCAGCAGCAUGGAGGUGCUCUACGCUGACCACAACGACAUCGGGAGCCUCCCCAAGGACUACCUGAAUAAGCUGCCCUCCCUGCAGUACCUGAGGAUCUCCCACAACAAGCUGCAGGACUCCGGCAUUCCCGCGGGGGUCUUCAACGUGUCCUCCCUCAUUGAGCUGGACCUCUCCUUUAACAGGCUCCAGACCAUCCCGGAGGUCCAUGAGAACUUGGAAAACCUUUACCUGCAGGUCAACUUGAUCAAGAAGUUCGACGUGGGGAGCUUCUGCAAGUUCCCCGGGAUGCUCAGCUACUCCAAGCUGAAACACCUGCGCCUGGACGGGAAUAACUUAACGCGCACCAGCGUGCCCUUCGAGGCGGCAAACUGCCUUCGUCAGGCCACCGAAGUCACCGUGGAGGACACCGAUUAGACGCUUUCCUCAGUCCUCCUCCUCCUUCUUAGUCUUCCUCCUCUCCCUCCUCCUCUUCCUCCUUGUGGACCACACCUAAAGCAAAUUGUCACCCACCCACCUCUCUCUCUCUCUCUCUCUCCCUCUCUCUCCUGCCACUAACAGGCAGAAACCAUUCCUCUUUCUUUUUUGCCAAAACACUCUGCGAUCCAGGGACACCAAGGGCAGGAUUCUGUCAGGCUUAUGAGACCACAGAGAGAGCCGUUUUCCACAAUUCAUAGUCAAAUAAAAUAAUCUCACACGACAAGAGCUACACCUAACCUAAUCCACAAUGUAGCUCUCACAAAGCAUCUGAAGUGGAGGAUUUGGUGAGUUUCAUUUGGUGAGAACAUCAUGUUGAGAACAGCUGAUUUUUUUUUUUUUUUUGGCCAGAGCCUUUUAUCCAGACAGUUCCUGUUACCCCUGUGCAAUUGCUCAGCAGGAAAAAAAAAAACAAAAAGGUAUGCAUGACACAAGCACGCAUCUGCAUUCAGGCUUGGCGUUACCCAGGCAAUCACACAAUAGCAAUCUUUAGCCACUAAGCCUACUGCAGUCCACCACAGCUCUAGCUCACAGCUCACAGGGGUAUAACAGAACUGUACUGCACAUGAGUAAUGACGAUUUGUCUGAUAAUCUACGUUGAACAUUAAUGAACAAAACACACCCCAAAAGCAGACGCUCAUACAGUUUCAACUCAAGCAGGAAAAUUCACAUUAUGAAACAACUCAGAAAUGUAACAUGGCAAAGCUUUAUACAUA